GUCAUACUGCACACUAUACAGAUGGAAGAUAUUACACUGAGCAGUAAUAAUACUAUCAAUAUCGAUAUUAAUACUAUCGUUACUAGUUAUAACGGUAAUCAUACUAACAGUAUUCAUUGAACCAUUUAAUCAGGAUAAUAACACAUUGUGAUUGAUUGAUUGAUUGAUUGAUUAGUAAUGUUCAAUGUUCCAAUUGUUCAAUUAUCAACACUAUUUAUCACUCAUUUACAAAUAGUAGUUCCAUAUCAAAUUUUCAUAAUGUUAAUCAUCCGUAUACCAUUCGCAUUGAUUAUCCUCGUGGUGCUGAUCAUUGUUUAUGCAGACAGUGAACCGAUCCUGUUGGUUGAUGAAGUGAUACGUGGUGAAAGAGAAUUAAAACAACUCAGAUAUGAUGCCUAUCGUACAGAUCAACAAUAUCAAUGUAUUCCAUUGCCUGAGGAUAUACACAAACUCACUGAACGAUCGGAAUUAAUCAUUGCUGGACGAUUAAGAUAUCAUGAUUGGAAUCAAAAUUAUGGUUCCGUUAGUAGUAGUAGUAGUAAUAAUAAAAAUUACUUCAAUCUAACUGUUAUGAUCACAACAAUUUAUAAGACAACCUAUCCAAUUCAACAGAGUCAAAUAACCAUUGGACCUGUAUUUCUACCGGAUGACAAACAUCGAAGUGGUGCUGGCUGUCUGCCGGCAUUCUUUGCCAAUGCUAAGUAUAUAUUCUUUUUACGCAAAAGCUUAUACACACCGAAUUAUUAUGAACCGUUGUGUGAAGCAGUUGAAUACUCUGAAUAUGCUGAAAAGAAAAUCUAUACACAUUAUUGUCAAGAUUGUGUUAAACCAAUGAUUGAGUCAAUACCUAAUCAAAUACUAGAAUAUGGUUAUGGAAUGACUGUCAGUUGUAUUGCAACUGGUAUGCCUACACCAAAGAUUAUUUGGAUUCGUGAUGGAAAGUCAUUGAAUUUAGCGGAUAAAAGUAUAAGUGUGGAAACAUUUGAACGUUCACUGGGACAUGUGGAAUCCAUACUGGAAAUACACAAUUUAAUAUUGAUUGAUACUGGAGAGUAUUGGUGUUAUGCAGAGAACGCUUUAGGCAUUGCUAAACAAAGAUUUCUUUUAAAAGUUAAACAAAAUAAUCGGACUAUUGAAAAAGUAAUGGAUGAAUUGAUUCCUUGUUCAGAUGAACAUAAAGAUUAUUGUCUAAAUGGUGGACAGUGUUAUACAUACAGAAAUGAAAGAGUAUCAUUCCAAUGCAGGUGUGCUGAUCAGUAUUUUGGUGAUCGAUGUCAUUUCCAUAUUGAUGGACUAUUAGCAUUUGCUGAAUCCCGUGAAAAUGAUUUACAAACUAUGCUGCAUGAAUUAGCUACAACUCUGACACUACGUGGUAUCUUUUUUACCCUAUUCGGUGCAUCUAUCAGUGUAUUGACAUUCUAUGGUAUAUGGAAAUGUCAACAACGAAGUAUGCAGAAAAAAUAUUUCAAAAGAAGGAAUAAAUCUUCAAAUAAAGGAACUGCUCAAACAAAAACGACGCAUCCUGUCAGUUCACUUCCAAGAAAUAAAGUUGUUGGUACAUUGAAUGAUGGUUCAGAAUCUUACCUAAUUAAUGAACACUAUCAUACUGGUGAACAGAAAACUGAUUCAAUUUCAAUGUCAGAUGAUUAUCUUGCACAAGGUGUUAGCAGUAAUUUUCUUUUCCCAACACCUCAUGUAUACAACGCUGCGUGUUAUGAUAAUCGUCCACAGAAUUGUGCUGGUUUGCCAACUGACAUGAAAGCAACUUCAUCAACAAGUCAUGAUGCCUUAUCAAUCGGAUAUCGGCCUUCAUCUUCAAUGGAUCCAGCAUUUGAUGAUACAAUUCAUAAACCCGGCAAUGGAAUCAACCCACUACAGAGUAGAUCAUUUAUUACCGAUUGGAAUACACGUCGGCAAAUAUCAUCACAAAAGCUUGGCUCUACAAGAGAUCGAUUGCCAGUAUUAGCAGAGAAUUCAAAUGUCCAGUUAAAUACGGAUAGAUAUCAGAAUUAUGCCAAUUCCAUUAAUCGACUGGAGAGAUUAGAUGCCUUAUCAAUCGGAUAUCGGCCUUCAUCUUCAAUGGAUCCAGCAUUUGAUGAUACAAUUCAUAAACCCGGGAAUGGAAUCAACCCACUACAGAGUAGAUCAUUUAUUACUGAUUGGAAUACACGUCGGCAAAUAUCAUCACAAAAGCUUGGCUCUACACGAGAUCGAUUGCCAGUGUUAGCAGAGAAUUCAAAUGCCCAGUUAAAUACGGAUAGAUAUCGAAAUUAUACCAAUUCAAUUAAUCGACUAGAGAGAUUAGGUCAUGAUAGAAAAUUAUCCACAAAUUUAAUUUCUUCUUCAUCUUCAUUUGUACAACCCAACAACACAUGA